UGUAGAACCACCACCGAUCGGAUAUUGGGUCGGUAUGGAGGGCUUGUGAUAUCGAGCGACGACUACGUGACGCCCAAAUCAGGACAAUUGUAGACCAUGGGGCUUCCAGAGGGGCAGCACGAAGCGGCCCCUACGCCGACGCCGGUGGGGGGCAGAUCGUUUGCUUCGCCAGCCAUGGUCCGCAUCCUCUUGGCGCCCGCUGGGCCCGACGUGACCCCCGCCGAGUUCGACAAGUGGUCGGCUGCCGUCAGAAACUGGGAGAGUGUCAAGCUGACCGAGCUACCAAAAAGCCAGACGGGCCGGCCUGGACCUGCGACGGGCAGCGCAAUGGCGAGGACGGGCGAGGUGCAUCUCUCAUUCAUAACGUCCUAUGACCCUUCGCAUUCCUUCUUGGCGCCUUUCAGUAUGCACAGGCAGGUCCUAGGCGUGCUCGGACUGGGCACAUCGCACAGCCAAACGGACCGAGAAGCCCUCGAGAGGGCGCCCACCGCCCUGCGCCAGCUGCACCCAAGCGCAGUCGUUCAUCGUGUCUUUGCCUUUGACACGGGCGCGGCCAGACCGCAGACGAUUGAUCUCAGCUCCAUGACGAAUCCGGGUGAAGCAAUCGAAGCAGCUGGCAAGGGUGAAUCGGCAGUGUCGGCGAACGGGUCUGCAGCGAGUAGCUCUAGGCCAGGGUCCAGCUCAAGCUCACGGUCGAGCUCUUCCAGCUCAGGCGCAGGGUUCGGCGAUAGCGGAAAGAGCGGACUUGUUGUCUUUCCCGCUGUUCGCAAAGACAUGAAAGAUGUGCGCUUUUACCUCAAGACGCUCAUUCCUGACUUCGUCUCGUCGCUCCUCGAUGGCGUCCACCAGAUCGUCGAAGGGCUCGAAGGUACACCACUGGAGACGCCUCGAGAAACGCUUGACGGGGUCGUGUCGAGCACCGCUCCGAGCGCUCCUUCGGCCUCCUCGUCCACUUCGUCGGCUCUAUCCGCGGGCCUGGGCGCAAACGUGAGCACGGCAGCGAGCUCGGCGGCAAGCCGUGCCUCGGCUCUUUUCAGCUCCUUUGGCUCGUCUUCCUCCUCCUCUUCUUCCGCAACGUCGACUCCAAAUGAAACCUCGACACUGUCCUCAGCCUCUUCGAUGAUAUCCUCGUCGUCUUCCUCUUCAUCGACCGGCGGCGAUUCCCCUUUGCGCAAGUCGACGCUUCCUUCGACCAGUGCUACAAACAGUAGCAAGCGCUCAAAAACAGGCCAGAGCAUCGUCAGUGCUGGCCCAAGGGGCCAAGGACGAAUCGCAAAGGUCAAAGCAGACUAUCAUCUCCUUGCAGGCGACCUCUGGUCUGCCUUGACCACGUAUGAUGCGUGCAUGGCCCACCUCGGAAAGGAGAGAGCGCUGGCUGGAGGUCAAGACUCGGUCUGGUACGCAAGUGCGCUCGAGGGCUGGGCCGUCACGAGGGUCCUCGUGAGGCGCAUGGGAGGUCUGGUGGAGGAAAAGGCUCCUAGCUUGACGCUGCCCUUGGGAGGGACUAAGGAAAAGACGGCCAAGGAGAGGGAAAAGGAGAGGGCAGCGGGUCUGGUAGAUGAGUUCGCAUUCAGCAAGCAGUCGUGGUCCGACGUCGCAGAGGCCUGCUCGCUGGCCCUUCAGAUCUACACCAAGUGCCUAGCCCCUCCGUCGUUCCUCCUCGAACCAGCCAAGUCGGUGACGAAUGAAACGCCCCGCGACUACACGCACCCUCUGAUUCACACCAAUGCUUGCUUGUCCUAUUCAAGACUCCUCUUGGCCAUUUGGGCCAGCGGAGGUUGGAACGGGGAGACAUUUGAUCAGCUCCUAUAUGGAGGCGUGCCGCCCGCGCUAGCCGAGACGACAAGGCCCACGCUGGCCGUCUACACGCAGCACUCGACGGCAUCGUCUGUACAGAGGAGCGACAUUGCAUCGCCGGCCUCACUGGCUCUGACACACUCUGCCCGGGCGCUCAAGGCGCCCGAUCAGGUUCACCUUCUCUGCUCUCUAGCCAGCAUCUUUGGCUGCAUCGGCUUCGCCAGGAGGGAAGCAUACCUUCUCCGACAGCUGCAAACCCUUGUCGUCUCUCUACUGGCAAAAGCGAUAAUCCAGCAGCGCAGGCAGACGGCCGUCGCCUCGACUUCGCUUCGCAAAACUGCACUGGCAGCCGCGGAGGAGCGGCUGGGAAGCCUUGUGAGCCAGGUGGCAUGGGAGGGCGCCGGCGAAGGCACAGACUCGGUCUUGGUCUUGGCACUGCAGACAUGCGAGACUUAUGGCGUCAACGUUGAUGUCUUGCCGCUCAGCAAUAUUCCUUCGGACCAUAUUCUAUCCCGCGCAGCAUCGGUAGAUGGGCGAGGUCCAUCCGGAGGCUCGUCUUUGAGCUCACCGCUGCUCAACCGCGGCAGUCGGUCGUCUUGGGGCGCCAGCGCCUCAUUGGACAGCAUCAUGUCACCCACCGCCUCUUCGUUGUCAAGGGACACUGCAGAACCGACGUCAUUACAAGACGAAGCCCCCUUUGGAUGGGCCGAGCAGCAAAUCGGACUGCUCAAAGAGACAGUCUGCGUCGCCGAGCUUCUGUCAGACAACAUUGCAAUGAGCUUCUUUGCGACGCUGCUCUUGCGCGACUUUCAUUGGUUUCUCUCGAAAGAUGAGCAGGCAAGAAUCGUCAGGGGUCUGCAGCUCGUCACCAGGACGGCGAAGAUGCAGGAGGCGCGGGAGCUCGAGGUCUCGUACUGGGGCCCAUCUGAGCCCGUCUGCGGUUUGAUCCUCGAGCCGAUGCGCGACGAUCAAAUUCCGAGGAAGAGGCCUGCUGGAGAGCUUCGUCGUGGUCGUGGAUCUGGCGCAACGGCGAAGGGUGAAGAAAGCACUAUCUACAACUCCUCGUCGUUGGCACAAAAAGCCCCAGCUCAGAAGAAGGGCGAGGGUAAUGUCAUCGUCGCCGAGGAAAAGGUCGGGUUCCUUGUCACGCUGCAAAAUCCGUUCGAGAUUGCCCUCGAGCUUACUCAGAUCUCGCUCGACACGUUUGGCGCCGACUUUGAAGCAGAUGUCUUGCACAACGUCAGCGUGCCCCCGUCUUCUUUUCAUACCAUCCGCUUGAGCGGCAAGGCAAAGGAGACGGGGACCCUCGUCGUUCGUGGAGUCGAUCUGACGCUCGCCGGAUGCGCGCCAAAGACGUUUGCCUUUACCCAAAUGGAUAGCAGCAACGAGAAGCUCUUCAUAGCCCGGCAGAGCGAGAUCGAGGACCGCAAGACUCGAUUGAAAUCCAGUGGUCUGGACGCGAGGCCAUCCAUCGUUGCAGCUAAGCGUCACUGGCAGACACAUUCCUCAACGAAGCCAGAUGACAAGCCUGCACCGCCGAAAAGGCUCGCAGCGAGCAAAGCGGCUCGUGACAAGUUCCUGGAAUGCCAGGUCCUACCUGCGCAGCCAAGGCUGACAAUCCAAUCGGUCGGCGUGGCUGUCUCAUCAGGCGCCUCUUCUGCUUCGAUUACCGUGCUUGAAGGCCAGGCGACAGAGCUCAAGGUCCGAGUCCGUAACGAAUCCUCUUCUCCCUCGUCUUCGGCAGAUCUUCCCGUCGACUUUCUACGUUUCACGCUGGACGAUGACCUGUCGGCGAAUGCGCGUGAUGUUCUAGCCGAUGGAGACCUGCUUGCGCAGGACGCUCACGAUGUCGAAGAAGAUCUUCUUCAGAGGCCUGUUCUAUCGUACGACGUCGAGCCGCGUUCGGGUGCCCAUAGGAUUCUACCGGGCAAGAGUAAGGUGCUCACGCUCAAGCUUCGGGCCAAAGUGGACUGCACGAGGCUGUCUAUUGGUGUAGAGUACGGUUUUGUAGAGGGAGAGGGGAGAGGCGGGCUUGAGACAGAGGAAGCGAGAGAUUUCUUCGUUAAGAGCUGCAAAGUCGAAGUGGGCAUCUGCGUCUUGCCCAUCGUUAGAUUGGGCGAGCUCGAGAUCUUACCUUUGCUCCAAAAAGAGAAGGAGGAAGAUGACAAUUGGUGCUUGGUGAGCUUUGGUGUGCAAAAUGUGCACUCUCAUCCGGUCAAAGUCGCCUUUCAUGUCAACGACAACGACGACAGCGACGAUUCACCCUCCGCCUCUACUUCCACGCCACCGCAGCGCCGGGAAGUUGUACAGGAAGUUUCGCCUUCAUCGACCAUCCGACUUUCGAUCCCUAUACGUCGCCUUGGUCUCACCAAAACCGACCUGGCGCAAGCGAUCCCGAACCUGUCCUCGCACAGACAAUUCAUCGUGAGCCGCAUCAAAUUCACAAAUGCCCAAGAGCGGGAAGCAAGGAGGCGCUUCUGGAUUCUGAGGGCUCUCUGGAAGCGCUUGGGGUUCUUCUUGGACCAGGGGCAAGGCAAGCCGGGCUGGACAGACGUCCGAACGGGUGCAAAGGGCGACCUGGGCUGGGAUGGGCUCGCGGCAUUCGGGGAAGAAGACGAAGACUCAAGAACAAGGACCACAGUUCUGGAGAGGUUGACUAGAGAGCCUAUGAGUGUUCAGCUAGAGGUUCGCUCGCAAGGCGAGGUAAAGGUGGAACAACCGACGAGACUCGUCGUGCGUGUCAAGGAUCGGUCUUCGACUAAAGAGGAAAAGAGGGUGAGGAUGAGGUACAGGGUCAUCGCGCUCGGUCCACCUACGCGACGCUUCUUCAAUGACGAAGGCGGAGCAGAUGACUCCCCUGAGGGCCGGAGGAUCUCAUACGACGAGUUCAGAAAUCACCAGGACACCCACCACGGUGGUGGCGCAGGACAGCGUCUCGGGACAAGAGAUGAGUCGAGCAGGGCAGUAGGCCAAUACUGGUCCUUUCUUUUCGUCACCGACGGGUCAUGGAGCGGGUACCUAGAUUACUCGCCAGGCAAGGGCGGGCAAGAAGCUACUGUGGAGCUUGGCGUGCUCUUCUUGGCCAGCGGAACUUUUAGAUUUGCCGUUACCGUCGACGAGGUGCGGUCACCACGUCCAGACCUCCAGUCAGCAGCAGAAGAAGAGGAGUUGAAAGGCGCAACGAGCGAGAUCGUACAGGUUCUCGUCUCUGACGACGAGGACUAAAGUAUUGUAGAAGCCUCGAUGAAUUCUAAUGCCCAAAUCUGCAAAAGCAUCUUCGCUGUCUUAAUGACUCAUCUAGAGGGCGUCUAUGACAUUCAAUGGUUGUUCGUAAUGACGGAGGAGAGACUGGGUAUCUUAGGGCCACAAAGCCUUGCAUCACAGCAGCUCUCCCUCGCCCUCGUCCUCGCCGAAUCCUUCGCCGUCGUCAUCGCUCCAAUCCACGUCUCCACUCUGCAUUGCCUCUUCUGUUGCUCUUUUCAUCUCGUCUAAACCCGUCACGCCCUCCAGAAACGUCGAAUCGACAUCGUCGAAUGCCUUCUUCAAAAAGCCAUCGAAGCCAUCGGUCCGGUAAGCCUCGACGACGGCCUCGGAGCAGGCCGUGCACUUGUCAAAGGCCGGUCCCGUGAUAAGCAUAU